ACUCGCGCAUAUAUGGAAUGAAGAAGUGCGGAUACCAGGAACAUUUUGUUGUUAACGCGCAAUGUCAAAAUUGUUGCGAAUCGUCGUCUGCACUCGUGAAUUUCUCCUGCCCAACGUGCGCUUAAUUUGCAGCUUGGAUCUUUAUUACUGGUUCUGGAGUGUGUUAAUAUUCAUCUAACCAUGGUGGAGACUGCAGGACCUACUUUUGGUAUCGACGUCAUCAAAAACAGCAUCAAAGAUCUCCAAGAAGAAAAGGAAAGGAACGAAAGAAAAUUAUCGGAAGCAAGAUCCAAAAGGAAAAGGCUGGAAAAUAAAUAUGAAACAGCUUUGAGCAAAUUCAACCAGGCCACGGACACCAAGGCAAAGAUGACAGACACCUUGAAGGUUGCCCAGUACAAGGUGGACCAGUCCCAGGCAGCUAUAGAGGGUCAACAGAGUAUCAAUCAAGAGGUGAAACAGAGAGUUUCUCACCUCAAGGACAACUGCAAGAUGGAGGAAAGGCGUCAGCAAGAAGAAAGGGAAUUGCUUGAAGGCAAACUGGCGAGCUUGACAGAGUUGUUUCACAUGGGAAAGGAUUUUUACGUUGAUCAGUCAUUGCAGGAUGAAGUCAGUGUGGCAAAGAAUGACAUGCAAAACCUCACCUCAAAAGUGCAUCAGAUCGACUCAGAGGCAGAGAGGCUAGUGGGCCUGUUUGAAGCCAUGGAGAUAGUUGCCAAGAAACACCAAGCCGAGAUGGGUCUCCUUGAGAUACCACUAGAGACCCAAUAUCGAGAUUUAGAAAUGUUUGAGCGGGAAGUCAAGCUUGAAGAGCAAGAGCUUAUCGACAUGAAGAAAACGGAGAGACAGCUACUCGCCCAACUUGAGGAAUGAGGACACUAUUUUUGACCUCUUGUGUGUCAGCACGUGCAAUUUUACUGGAUGCUUCUACCUGCCUUUUCAGUUUUCUUUUUAAGGUGAAACCUCACCUUUACAUGUGUCUGAGAUAUUCUAUAAAUUUGGGUCCACGUUUUUUGCUUUUCCUGUUACAUCUGACAUCUCUGAUUUUGUAAUUCUGGAAGCACUCCUGACCUCUAACUUCAGGAUUGUUGGGGUAAACAUAUUCUUUCUCAAAGAGUGAUUUUGUAAAACAAACAACCUAUCCAACAAAUAAAGAUGAACAGGGGCAAAAACGUUAGUUUCUUUUUCGCAAAAAAUGAAUGAUUUUUGCCCAAAUCUUCAAAAUUUGGUGUGAAAGGGUAUUGAUUGAUGUUCCUCUUGCAUCCAGAUGAAU